UACUUCCGGGUUCUCCCUCUAGACCGCUAUUCCCGGCACCCCAAAACCCCAAAAAUCGCCUAAAAAACCCCAAAAAACCCCAAAGCGCGGCCAUGGCGCAGUACAAGGGCGCGGCCAGCGAGGCCGGCCGGGCGCUGCAGCUGAUGAAGAAACGCGAGCGGCAGCGCGAGCACAUGGAGCAGCUGCGGCAGCGCAUCCAGGAGGAGAACAUCAUGAAAUCCAACAUCGACAAGAAAUUCUCGGCUCACUACGACGCCGUCGAGGCCGAGCUCAAAUCCAGCACCGUGGGGCUGGUGACACUCAAUGACAUGAAGGCCAAGCAGGAGGCGCUGGUCAAGGAGCGCGAGAAGCAGCUGGCGAAGAGAGAGCAGAGCAGGGAGCUGCAGCUGAAGCUGGAGCGGCAGCGCGAGCGGCAGCGCAAGCAGGAGGCGCAGAGGAAGAUCAGCUCGCUGAGCUUCAGCCUCGGUGAUGAGGAGGAGGAGGAGCAGGGGGAGGAGGCCGAAGGUGGGACCUGGGGGGAGGAGCCCCCAAAAAAACGAAAAUUGGGCAAAAACCCCGACGUGGACACGAGCUUCCUGCCAGACCGGGACAGGGAGGAGGAGGAGAAUCGCCUGCGGGAGGAGCUCAGGCAGGAGUGGGAGGCCAAGCAGGAGAAAAUCAAAAACGAGGAGAUCGAGAUCACCUUCAGCUACUGGGACGGCUCUGGGCACCGGCGCACGGUCAAGAUGAAGAAGGGGAACACGAUGCAGCAAUUCCUGCAGAAAGCGCUCGAGAUCCUGCGCAAAGACUUCAGCGAGCUCCGCUCGGCGGGGGUGGAGCAGCUGAUGUACAUCAAGGAGGAUCUGAUCAUCCCCCACCACCACAGCUUCUACGACUUCAUCGUCACCAAGGCCCGCGGGAAGAGCGGGCCCCUCUUCAACUUUGACGUCCACGACGACGUCCGGCUGCUGAGCGACGCCACCGUGGAGAAGGAUGAGUCCCACGCGGGGAAGGUCGUUCUGCGCUCGUGGUACGAGAAGAACAAACACAUCUUCCCCGCGAGCCGCUGGGAGCCCUUCGACCCCGAGAAGCGCUGGGACAAGUACACGGUGAGAGCCCAAAAUGCCCCGAAACCUCCCCCGAAAUAACCCCGAAAUCACCCCGAAAUAACCCCGAAACCUCCCCGAAAUCACCCCAAAAUAACCCCAAAACCUCCCCGAAACCUCCCCGAAAUCACCCUGAAAUCAUCCUGAAAUAACCCCGAAACAACCCCAAAAUAACCCGAAAUCUCCCCAAAAUCCCCCGAAACCUCCCCAAAAUCCCCCGAAAUCACCCCAAAAUCACCCCGAAAUCACCCUGAAAUCAUCCUGAAAUAACCCCGAAACAACCCCAAAAUCCCCCAAAACCUCCCCAA